UUUUCCUAAAAUCACCAAACUGGAAUAAAUUGAUUUCGUUUAGCAUCCGACCAAGGGAAACCUAACAGUAAACACGGCCCCCUCUUUCGCUAUUUCGCUUGGAACCUUUGUAAAGUUUCGAACUUUCGAAGUUGAAAGCAAAGAUAGUGUGGAGGUAAGCAAGGAAAAGAUGGCAGAGGAAGGAGAAGCCGCAAACCAAAGACAACCAGAAGAUAAAGAAGACGAAACAGAGGAAGAGAAAACGACAGAGGUCAGCAAUCAGCAGCAGAGAAAGGAAGAGGAAGAGAAGAAGAGCUCGAGCUUCAUCAUGAAGCCAUGGGAGCAGCAUUAUGAGGUCAUCAGUAUACCUCGCUAUAACUAUAAUGCUCCUUCUUCUCUUCUCCAAAACUCUCACUCUGGCUUCCUUAUAACCUGCACCAUCAAAAGGGAGAAAAGCGCCACAAAAGAAGCAAUCUCCAUCCUUGGAAAGUAUGUUGCAUCCUCUGCUACUUGCAGUUUCAGAACCUUGGGUAACUCUGAUGAAAAUUCCACUUCUAAAAGAAGGAAAACAUGUGCAGAGGAUAUAGUUGAGGAUUGCAUCAUUGAUGAGGAAAGCAAAGAUUCUUCUAAAAAUUACGAGAGCACUACCUGCACUAGUGAUCUUUCAGAUGGUACCUCUUUGUCUACGGCAAAUGUAGAUGUAGGAGAAAAGAGUCCUGCUCUUUCUCUGGUUAAGCUGACGAGGAGCGGUUUGCUUCUGUUUACAUUACCCAGAAGCUCCUGUCAUGACACUGUCGGUAUUGUGGCAAAUAUUGUCCAGUCUCUGGAAACUAGGAGUACUAGUUCACCCCAGUGGUGUCAUCGCAUUUUCCCUAUCCAAACUACUUGUAAUUUGAAUGAGAAGGAGCUACGAGGAGUUGUAACAAAGCUUGUUCGUGAGUUCAUGAAUGAGAAACAUAACACACUUGCACGGCCUCUGAAGUUUGCAGUUGGAUACAACAGAAGAGGAGUUGAAGAGACGGAGAUGAAGAUUCCGAAACAUACUUCAGAUGGUUCGACUGCAUUUAAAUUGUUGGAUCGCAACAACUGCUUUGCUACAGUGGCUGCUGCGGUCAAAGAUGUUGUAUCAGAUUCAGUAGUGGACCUUAAAUCUCCAGAGCUUUCUGUUCUUGUUGAGCUGCUACCCAUUUCUGGAUUGCCCAACGGGUCUCUAAUGGUUGCUGUAUCUGUUCUUCCACAAAAUCUUGUCACUACAAAGCCACGGCUAUGCAUCAAGCCGCUGGUUUCAGAUGCCAAAUUGAGGGGUCAAAAGCCUUAAAAAUUAUGAUUGAAGGCUUUAGAAUCAUCUCUAGCUGAGUCUUCUGUCUGUUCCCACCUCUUUGAACAGUUUUAUGGUUGGUGGAUCAUUUUUCCUUAUAUAUAUAUAUAUAUAUAUUUUAUCUUGUUUUAUUACGCAGUUGAUGGACUAGUAAGCAUUUUAUCAACCCCUUUAAUUCUCAGGGGCUUUCUUCACAAAAUUUAUAACAGAAAAAAGUUGCUCGAUGAAGGAUAACCACUGUGAGACAAUUUUAUGUAGCUUGACCUUUUAAAGAUCUAUUAACUGUGGUUUGAAAUGCAAUGAUUCAUAACAUUUACUCUCUUA